UUAGCACCGCCAUCGACACCUGCCUACAUUCGCGCAAGAUUCCCGGUAUUCUCUACUCUCGUCUCGCCCUUCAAAGUGUUGCACAAACUGUCCCUCGGAGCCGACCGUACUUGGCGCCCUGUCACACCUCCUGACUCCCAUUAAGAACAGCCAUCUGCCGAGUUGCCCAGUGAGCGCGCUUGACAUCUGUCUGCCAGCGCGCCACAAUAGGAUAUUCCCGCCGCAAUGGCCGUUGCGAUCAAUGACCGCACGGAGGAAUUCCGCCAAAUCCUCACAGCUGCCCAGCGGAAGCAGGCUGCCAAGCCGGCAUCACAACGGCUCCUCAACGAUGGCCAGAGAAGCGCGGCAGCGGGAGGCGCGCAACCACGACGGUCAGAAUUUGCGCGGCAAGCAGCGGAAAUUGGCAGGGGGAUAUCAGCGACGAUGGGAAAGCUCCAGAAGCUGGCGCAGCUGGCCAAGAAGAGAUCGCUCUUUGACGACAACCCGGUCGAGGUAAACGAGUUGACAUUCAUUAUAAAACAAGACCUAUCCCGCCUGAACGAGGACAUCCGGAAUCUUCAAGCACUAUCGAAGCGUCUGCAUCCGAAGCCGGACCAGGAAGGGGAAAAUAACAAGAAUAUCCUGCUGCUGCUACAGGGCAAGCUAGGCGACGUGAGCGCGAACUUCAAGGACGUCUUGGAGAUCAGGACAAAGAACAUUCAGGCUUCAAGGUCACGGACCGAGGCGUUUGUGUCAACGGUGGGACAGCACGCCCACUCAUCCUUACCGCCGUCAGCGUCCCCUUUAUACGCCACCCCAAAUAGGGGGGUUACUCCUUCGCCCGGCGCAGACCUCAUCUCGCUCAAUCCCAUGGGCGGGGAUCAGCAGUUGCAGUUGCAGAUGAUGGAAGAGGGCCAAAACACAUACAUUCAACAACGGGGGCAGGCCAUCGAAGCAAUUGAAUCGACCAUCCAUGAACUUGGAUCAAUUUUUGGACAACUUGCUGCCAUGGUCAGCGAACAAUCUGAGAUGAUUCAGCGCAUCGACGCAAACACGGAAGAUGUUGUGGACAAUGUCGAGGGGGCGCAGAAAGAGCUGCUCAAAUACUGGUCUCGCGUCUCGGGCAACCGGUGGCUGAUAGCAAAGAUGUUUGGUGUCCUAAUGGUCUUUUUCCUGCUCUGGGUGUUGAUCGCCGGGUAAAUGAACAGCAUGCUGUUUCCCUUUCUUGUACGGUCCUUUUCUUGUUACUGCCCGCGGCGGCGUCUUCAUAGACUAUCCCAUGGUACACUUUCGUAAUACCGACUAGGAACGCAUUGGUCGAGCUAUCUUUUUCUCUCCACGCAUCGGAGGAGUACUUGUG